AUGGUUAGAAAAAGUACAUCUUCUAUACCUAAAUCUCGUUCAGAUGAGAAAUAUCAAACAGAUAAGAAAGAAAAGUCAAAUCAUGACGAAGAGAUUGAAGAUAAUUCAGUUAGUGAUAAUUUAUUUUGUGAAGAUACAACAUCAAUAAUAAUUAAUAAUGAAAGUAGUAGAGAACAGAAACUGAUUGAACUCAACACUCCAGCCAUUCCAGAAGACUACAAACUGUCUGGAAUCGCUCAAGUACCGGAUCGUCACUUCUGGAAUUACACUUGUCGUGUCUCACCAAAUACACUGAGAUACAUGGAGAUCGACAACCUCAUAGAAACUCAAGAUUUGGAAUUGAUCGAAUACUAUCAAACAAACUUUGGACUGGCUUUCAAUCGAAAUAUCUACGACAAAUACCUCUUCAAUGGUGCCAGCUAUAAAGAGACCAGCAACGCGGAAGCAAUAGAGAGAAACGAACAAACCAUUGCCAAAGUCAUGGAGAUUCUCAACAAGAAGAAAUCGAUUAUUCUAAAUACUACUCAAAGAUUAGCAGAGUUGGAAAAAUCGAAAUAUGGAAAUGGAGGUGUACCCAUCACUGAAUCAGAUGUUAUCAAUAUGAAUGGAUACAUGAUUCGAUACUAUCCUUUUGUUAUGUUGAAUCAAGAACCUUUCUUGCCAGAAACCGACCAACAACUUGGUAUUGUCCAAUUCUUGUUUGAGGAAAUGAAAGAUCCAAUCAACACACAGGCAAUGGCGACACUCUUUUAUGCAAUCUCCAAUGGAUUGACACGAAUCACCAAUUAUAUCAUCAAUAAUCUAGAUGUCUCACACUAUAACUUUCGCUUUUGUUAUGAAACAUUCAAAUGUAUCUAUGCCGCCAUUCAAACGAAACAAUUUGACGUUGUCGAUUUGAUAUUCGAAAAGUGGGGAAAGAUUUUCAAAGAGAAUGAAGUUCUCAAUACUAUCAGAUCGUCCGAUUCAUUCCGAGCACUCCAAUUGUAUAUCAAACACUUCCCAAGUGCUACGUUAGGAUCUACAUUCCAUUGUGCCAAUGUCGGCUACAUGUUGGACAAUCUUCAGGCUGAGGAAUUUGGAAUCAAAUGUGACAACAUUGACAAGAAUCUCGACUUUUCAAGUUGUGGACAAUACGGUCUUAUUUCAAUCAUCACUGCCUAUCUCAACUACAAAAAAGAUCGAUUCAAUACCAAUAACUUGGAAGCUGCUUUGUAUGGUGCUGCUCGUUAUAACCAAUUGGCAUUCCUCCAAGAAGUUCACAAACUUUUGCCCGACUACCGAUUCAAAAUGACUACCCACAUUCGUGUUGCUAAACAUUACACAAACAAAACAACCGUUCGAUAUUUCAAAGAAACAUUUAAAUUACAAACAACAAAAAACAACAAAAAAAAGAAGAAAUAA